GUGGAAUAUUGGAACGAUGUGCUGAAGCAUAGUCUAAAAGAUGAACUUCCAUCACUUCCUUCCUCUGAUGUGGUGAUCCUAUCCUUAUCACUGGCCAAUGAGGGCCUGCCAAGCACCCGCACGGCCGAGGAGAGAUCCGCCUUGGAGAUAUAUUACCUGGAGAAGCUGCGGUGCUUGGCCAUUGGGCUCAGGAAGGCAAUGAAACCAACAGCACGAUUGGUGAUAGGAGGUCCUUACCCAAAUAAUGCCUACAGCAUGGAGCAUUUGGAGGUCCUGAAGCGAGUUUGGGACACCAUGAAGACAUGGGAUUCGGUGGAUCACUUCAUCGACUUUUUGCAGCCAGUGGUCCACGAUGGUCGGGGUCAUUGGCACCCGGGGGCCUGGGAGGAUGACUCGCACCCCAACGAUCUGGGCCAUCGUUCGAUGUAUCAGUGCCUGGACAUCGAUUCCAUUCUUGCGGAUUCCUUGAGCAAAAAUGGCGCUGAGCUGGGUCUGGUUGGAUUUUUCGUGGUGAGAUCAACGGCACUGGGGGUGAUGUUUUUUUCAGAUGUGACUCUUGGCUAG